AUGGGCACCAUGCUGGUGGCUCAACUGAGAGUUAGAGAGGAAAAGAAGAAGCACAGGAAUGUCAAAACUACACAAAGUGAACUCACACAAACCCUGUCUUUAGAAAAUACACACACCGCCGCCGGAAUGGGCAUACGGGAAGGACGAUGGCUAAAGAGAUGCUGGGUGGGGUGGGUCGAUGUUGCACUUGGGGUGACCCACGCGCGUGUCCGCGAGGAGCGUCGGCGCAUCACCAGUCGAACCUACGAACUCAACAGGUCGGUCCGGUCAUGUACAUGUCCUCAGGAGAUGCCCCAUUGUAGCCGAGUGCCAGUCAAGAAAGUGGCGGACCCCCUGGCAGCCUGCCUGGACGCCGAUGGCACCUACAUCUGCACCGCAUACUCGGCCCGUUGCUACAUCAUCCAGAAGGUGAACACUAGUCCGACCCCCGCAAGUUUAAACCCUGAGGCUGACAUCUUCGAGAGCAAACUAAAGCAAUCCGAAGAAACUGAAGAGGUCAAAACCGAAGCGGCCCCGACAGAUGGGUACGUGUACAUGAAUGGGGACGUUGGGAAGAUCCCUUCAGGGGCGGUUUAUGCUGCUUCCCCUGAACCCCAGGCUCCCCCACCCCCUGCUUCUGUCUCGGCUACCACGGCAGAAUCUGUCAAUGACUUCAGCACAUUAAACGGCGUAGUGGAUCCUCAGGAGACGUUCAGUGAUGGUGCGGCCCCCGAGGGGGGGCCGGCCCCCGCCACUAGCCCCCCGGCCACAGCGGAGAAUACACAGUCGAGUAUUCCUCUUGACCAGCUCAAGCAGAUGCUCUCCUCUCAGCUCGAAUACUACUUCUCAAGGGAAAAUCUGGCAAACGACACCUACCUGCUGUCUCAAAUGGACAACGACCAAUACGUCCCGAUCUGGACCGUGGCUAACUUUAAUGCUGUGAAGAAACUGACCAAGGACAUUAAACUGAUCACGGAAGUUCUAAGGGAAUCACCCAACUUGCAAGUUGAUGAAGAGGGCCAGAAAGUAAGGCCCAGUCAUAAGAGAUGCAUUGUUAUCCUUAGGGAGAUUCCUGACAGUACUCCAAUUGAAGAAGUUAAGGCUUUAUUCUCUGGGAAAAAUUGUCCAAAACUUAUCUCCUGUGAGUUUGCGCACAAUAACUCUUGGUAUGUUACGUUUGAAAAUGAUGAAGAUGCUCAAAAAGCCUACAGGUUUUUAAGAGAGGAAGUUAAAGAGUUCCAGGGUAAACCCAUAAUGGCUAGAAUAAAGGCAAAACCGAUGAACAGGUUGCCCAUACCACCAGUUGUGAGUGCAAUGGGAACAAUGAAGAACGGUUACAGACCACCUCCUGCUGCCACAACUGCUCCUGCUUUUGACCCCUCCACAGCCUUCCCUCCCACACAGCAGCGCUUCAUCUCCAACGGCAGCUACCUACCUUCUCAACUCAACUACGGCAGUCCAGUGCAAAUCUAUACAUUUCAACAGCAGCCGUUCUACUCAACUGGUAUGAUUCCACAUUGGGGUUCCAGCCCAGCUUAUUUUGAAUUUGGCAGUGUAUUCUCUGUCAAUGGCCUCGCCCCUCAAACUCCUUUUGCCAAAGCCCAAGGAUCGAGGUUUCUUAGUGGUUCUAGGAACAGUAGGAACAAACGCUCAGAGCAUCGUAGUUCAGUAUCAGAAUCUGGAUCAUCUCGAAGUUACAGCAGCAAUAAAAGCAGUUCCAAGGUGACAGACGCGCACCUCAGUCACGCAGGCACUGUAGCAGGUGUGGCCAACAAGAGCCUCUAUCAUCGUGACAUUGUAAACCAGGACUCGGACGACACCAUCGCUAGGCUCACCGAAUCAUUGGACGGGUUCAUCCAACCCAUUAUGGUGUCCAAGGACUUGAUACCUCCCAGGCGUCGCAGGAAAGAGGAUGAGUCUCGAGUGAGCAGCAGUCCUGGACCCAUGCCAGCUGCUGCCACCUCUCCCCGUGGAGCUCAGUUUGACUUGGAAGACGAUGCGUUUCCCCCCCUCCCAGCGUCUGCCCCUCCUCCAGCUCCCACCGCACCAGUGGAGCCUCAGCCUGACACCACUACAACCACCACGCAAUCACAGUCUCACCGUGAGAACAGGCUGUCUGAUGUGGUGAAGGGGACGGCCAAAAGCAAACCACUGUCCAACAGUAGUAUAAACAUAAACGUUAGUUGUAACACCAAGGAUAAGGACACGGGCUCUCCGAGGCCACGGUCUGCCUCUCCUACUUCCCCUCCGCCUAGUCAAGUCACCUCGCCCCCCUUGCCCACUCCCCCUCUUACUCCUGAGAAGACAGUUCCUGUAGCCGCUGGUGCCGGUGCCAAGUGCUGCACGGCGGACAAAUCAACCAAGACUGAUGACAUGGUAGUGAACGGAGGUGCUAGCGAGGUGGCAGUCAGCGCGACCGAGACUCCAACCACAACCAACGUGGCCACCAUGACUGACGCCACCACAGCGCCACAGCCCAGUGAGUGCAGCAGCAACCAGAGACUAAGCUACGCUCAAGUCGCACAACAUGCUAAAGAGAAACAACUGGCCGACCGAGCUGAGAAACUGACUAUAACCACGUCAAGUGAGGAUGAGAAGAAAGAAGUCCAAGUGCUCAUAUCUGGUCAAACUUCGCCCAAAGAGGCAGUAAGUGCGCGGCCGCCAGGUGUGGGUCGAGGAGGGGGUGCGACCAAGGUCGGGCCUCGUCGUCGAGAUAAUUUGCUCAGGUUCAAUGCACGCCCCAGGUCACCCAAAUAGCACAACCCGGUCAAUCGACAAGAGUGGUGGACGAGUGUAGCAGACGCCAGCUGAGAGUGGUUCGUGGUUCGUAAGACAUAGACACAGACCCUCCUGGCAUCAAGUGCCUCAAGUGCUGCACACAGACAUGGAACUGUGAUACCAGUAGCUCUUACUCUGUUAUAUCAUCACACUAUUGUUUGUAAUAUUAGCUGCUCGUUUGACUUUUAGACCGAUGUCGUUCGUUAACUUUUAUUUCAAACAGACUGGAGUGAAUCCUCGUGUACUCGUUACGGAUGAUAACUAGACUCAGUGUAUUUAUUGUAAGAAAGUCAUUUUUCUGUAAAUAAUCCUGACUAAAAUUUAUUUUUGACAUGUAAAAACGCAGUGUAGAGUAUUUAGUAUCUUAACGAUAGCCGAUGUUGAAUUAUUUCGAAACUUUAUCUAUUUUAUUGUUAAAUUUUAUUCGUACCGCCACGUUUAUCGGUGAAAUUUUAUCCGAGAAAUGAGUGUUACCAAUGUGUUUUUGUAACCGAUAUGCGGCUCUAUCGAACAAUGAUUGCCUUCGCUAAUGUAUAACGUAACGUAGGAGUGUGCAUGAGGUACAUAAACUAUAUCUGGCAUCCGCGCAAUGCUGCGGACAGUGCUUCCUGCGCAGAUCAGUAACCGAACCAGUAUACAACCUUCAGAAUAGGUGUAGGGAGUGAAAGUUUACAGUGAAUAUGCAAACAGCUGCAAUUAUGGUAGUGUUGCUUUUUUUCUUUUCUUUUAUUUCAUAAAUAAUAUAAGGAAGUUAAUGAACAUUCUGUGUGAUAAGAGUUUAUUUUUAACAUUUAAGUUAAAGGAUAUUUGUAUGGUCUGAUGGUGGGAGUAAACUUCUCUUUACACCGUUAAUAUAAUUUUGUGUCGUUAACACUUUAUCAAUAAGAAUAUAUUUAUGCGAGAGAUCAUUUUACAAGUCUUUGAACAUUAUUGCUGAUUAUGUUUUUAAUUACUAAAUUAAGAUAGCCUACUCUCUCCAGAUUUGCCAAAGUUGCGCUCAUUAUGCACUAUUUUACUGUGGGGUUUUUUUAAGUUUUUUAUCUGUGAGAAUGCUUUAAUUUCUAAUCACAGUCUAUAUUUUACCCAUGUUGUUUUAGUACUUUAUGCUUAAAAUGUGUCAUGUAUUCAAAAUUAGCAUUUUUUUUAUAUCAAUUUAGCUAUUCCUGGAUUUGCUGCUUGUUGACAGAUAUUUAUGAGUAUUAAAACUUACAUUUUUGAAAACAUUUUUAGUAGGCUCUGUUUAAAUCAAGGUUGGUUGUUAUCUUUUUGUUUUGUAGUUACUGCUAUAUUUAUUGUUUCUAAGCUUUUGAUUACCCUAGGCUAGUGUAUUGAAGAUCAUCUUAAUGCAUUUUGGCUAUUCUAUUAUAUAACUUUGUAUCUAUCAAUCUACAAAUAAAUCAUACAUGAUGUCUCUUACAUGAUUUUUUGGUUAGACAUUUCUAUAAAUAUAUUCGUGGCUGGUGAAUGCCUUGGUAAUCGUAAUCAUAAAAUGAUUUUUAACUUUGCACGCAAAUGAGAUUUGAAGGCUGGUAUCCUACUAUUCAUUUCAAUAUAUUAUGUACGUAUUUAAAUAUAUGCUAUUUAGUGAUGAAAUAUACUAGAGAAUAAAAUUUAGUGUUAUAUUGAGAAACUGGGUUGAAGCAGUGAGCUAUACAAACCCUAACUAUCAAUAAAUGUUAACCUGUGAUAAGAAAUUUAUAGCUUGAUACCUUAUGUUGAACAUUAUCAUUACGCUAUAAGGAAAUGUGUGAAGAGAAGUAUUCACCACCCACUCAAAACAAGCAAAACUAGAAUAGUAUCUACCAUGUAAGACGCAUACUUGCUAUCUAUAGUUUUAUAUGCAUAUUUUUUUAAUAUAUCUUGACUGACCAUACAUUUGUAUCAGCCGUAUAUACUUAUAUUUUUGAUUGUGUGAAAAUGUUACGACACUUUAUUUGAACAACCAAACUACUUCUAAUGAUGUUAACAUUAAAAUUUUGUUUUUACAUUUUAAUAAUUUAAUUACUAACUGUUUUAUAAUCGCUGAUUAAAUCAGUUACACCAAAAUGUAUUUAAUGUAGAUACGCAGCUUUACAAUGGCAUUUUGAUUGUAUAGGUUGUUAUUACUGUAUUAUAUAUUUUUUCCAUUUGCCAUCAUAAAGUCUACAAUGUGGGGUUUGUAAAGUUAUCAGUUUUGAGUUAGUCACUAGUGUAGGGUAGAGCUCUCACUCAGUACUUGUACAGGGCAAUCGUACGCCGGUUUGGCCAUUUUUGAGUUUUACCUAUCGAGUGCAGUUUUGUUGUUACUGAAUGGAUACUUUGUUCAAAAUCAAAACAGUUAUUUUAAACAGACUUUGAAAGGGUGUAAGGAAGAUGUUUAUUAAAUAUAUAAUAUUUUGUUCUUAUUACGAUACUGUUGGUGAUUAUUAAUAAAUUUCCUAUAUACAAGAGAUUUCAUACCUAUUAAUUAAGUGUUGUUUAUAGGACUAUAUGACUUACACAGGGGGGCUUUGCAUGCUGAUCCAUUCGGAGUGGGGCCAAUGUCAAUUUUCAUGUACAGAAUAUACAGGGUGCGUUAUCGCUACACUGUAUGGUAUUAACAUGCUCCAAAGUGCUUCUACAUAUCCCGGCUGUGUAAUUUUCUGAAAGUUAAUGUUCUGGAAAUUACUUAAACUGCAUGGUGAUAAUGAAUGUAAUAAAAAUAAUCAUUCUAGUAUAAAUAUCGUUGUGUAUAGUCUUUUGGUUGUUGAUGAAGGCCUUCUAUAUGUGAUCGUAAAUAACCCCUUGUUGAUAAUAUCUUUACGCCAGCGUAAAGGACAAGUUUGUUUUUAUUAUAGUGUUAUUAUGUUACAGUGAAUGAGUUAUAAUUUUUGAAUUGGAAGUAGGAACAACUUGAGAAAUGUAAUAGCCUAUUUUACAAUGAUUAUUAUUAUGUAAAUAGCCCAAAGUGGUAAACAAAUUUUUACGUUCCUGUCUUGAACGAGUUUUGAUUUAUGACAAAUUUAAUAUAUAAUCAUAUAUUUACACCUUUAGAAACUACUUUCAUUAUGUUUGAUGAAAAGGAAAUUUUUUUAAUUGCACAAUUGGCAUAGAACUCAUUCCAUCCACAAUAGAUUGACCGGUUCAAUAAUAAAUGUAUGAAUGAUAAAUUAAUGUUAAUAAUGUUGAUUGAGGAUUUACUUGUUUUGUUUUUUAGGAAAAUAAAUAUUAAUAAAAAUAUGACAGCUUG